AUGGCCACCUCCUACCUCUUCUUCGCCGCUGCCAUGGUCGCCGCCGCCCUAAUCUCGCCGGCCCUCUCCCAACCGUGCGUACACACCCCUGACCCCGAUUUCCCCAACUGCAAAAACCUCGACCAGCUCAACGCCACCCUCCGUUGGGGCUUCGACGUGGAGCACAACACCCUCUUUGUGAACUACUCCGCCCCGAGCUCGGCCUCGGGUUGGGUCGCCUGGGGCCUCAACCCGACGGCCACCGGCAUGCUCGGGGCCCAGGCCCUCAUCGCUUUCCGGGACUCCAACGGGUCCUACGUCGUCCAGACGUCGAAUAUCUCGACGCUCGCCUUCCGCGAGUCGCCCAUCGCCUACCCCGUCUCAAACCUUUCCGCGAGAUAUUCCGGCGGCCGGAUCUCGUUCGCCGCCAUGCUGCAUCUGACGGGGCGGCCGGCGUCGGGCGAGGUGAACCACUUGUGGCAGGUGGGGCCGGUCGACAGCCAUGGGGUGGUGAGUGUGCACGAUAUGACGUCGGACAACUUAAAUUCAACGGGGACGCUCAGCCUCAAUGGAGUGGAGCAACGCGCGGAUGCGCCUGCUGGGGAGCCGGCGGUGGCGCCGACGGCCGGGGGGAGGAGCGGCGGGGGGAGCCCGGCGGGGAGCGGCGGAGGGAGGGCUCGGGGCGGCGUCGAUUUGGGGGUUGUGGGCCUGAUUUGGGCUGUGUGCUUUUUUGCUUUUUAA